AUGGCAGCUUCAGCUUCAGCAAGCAUGACAGCAGUAACGCCAAGUGCGGAAGUGAUCGCACUUGCCACCUCAGUGCUGCGAUCGAAACCCGAGGAGCUAUCUGCAGGAGAAUACAUCCGUCUCCUGAAACAACAUGUGGCGAAAGGCAAGCGAGACCUCGCCAUCAGCAGCCAGCACCGCCAUCUGGACAGGUCUUCGUACUGGCGCUCAGAGGCCGAACGUAUGAAGGAAGCGGUGAAGGCCUGGGAGAACCACGGUGCCGACCUGCAAAGAGAGCUUGACGCCAUGAAGGGCAAAAGUGAUGCACCAAGACCUUCAAGCCCAAACAAGAAGCGGAAGAAAGUUGAUGAAGAUACAAUCCCAGUGCCGCGUUCGCCCAAGAAGUCGAAGACGAAUGUGACCACACCAUCAACUGUUUCUGGUGGCCUUCAUCUUCCGGAAGACCAAGAAUUCAGCCAAGCUGGAGAGACAGGCGACACUUUGUUACGCAGCGUUUACCAUAUCCAUGCCAUUGUCAGAAGCAAUCUCAAAACGGAAUCGCUGGAGCUAGCCUACCAGCUUCAGAAGGCUUCAGCUACAUUACCGGCAAUCGUACUGCAGCAAUUUCGGGAUGCUCAUGCCACAACUCAGGACGACCUGAAGUCAGUCCUCAGCGUUGCAAGCCGAACUGUGGUGUCAAUACUCGUGGGCUUCAACAGGCUGAGCCACAUUCCAGAAGGGGUUGCGGUACAGAACAGAAUCAUCUAUGCUAUCGUGCAGUUGUUCAAGGACUUCCUUGCGGGACUCGAGCAGCUUUCUAAGGCUGAAGCAUGUGAGGGUCAAUCUGGCAAACCUGCCUCAUCCACACAGAAGCAGAUCGACAAAUCGAAGGCCAAGAUCAAAUCCAAGGUGCCAACAGCAAGAGAGACUUCAUCGCUUAGCAUGUACACUUCGUUCCUGUGCGGUGUCGUCGACUCACUAGACUCGAAGCUGGAUUCAAACAAAUCCUUGUUCGAAGGCAUCAGCUACUGUGUCCUUGACAGACUGGGCAACCGGCUGUUCACCACCGUCUUCGGGCAUUCGCGAGGAGCGACAACGGAGGGGGAGAUCUUGCAAAGUAGGGAGAGCGAGGACGAGAUCGAGGAUCCCGGGCAGCCGCCACUGAACGAGAUACAACUGAAGCAAGUCCGGAUCGAAGCACCAUACCUCAUUCACCUCUUGAACAAAAUCAUGUCGUUGGCGCCGGCAUAUUUCGGGUCGACGUCGAACAGCAAAGCGGGCAAGACGAAGUCGAGCAAGACAGCUUCGAAGGGUGUUUUGUCGAUUGCAGCAAAGGAGUGCUUGCAGCGGACGUUGGUGAAUGGUAUCUUCGGUAUGGAAGGAAGGGAUGAAGACGACCCUUUCAUGGAUUUCUUGAGUAUGCCUUCGGCUGCUGAGGAUAUCCCGACGCCAAAGGUCAAGGAGGCCGACAUUCAGGAGUGGUUCAAGGAGGAAGUCUGGCGCGUGCUGGGCUGGGGUAUCCUGGCUCAUGAGAAGAUUUGA